AACUCUGAAACCAGAGCAGACACCAUCCAAGCAUGCUCUCUGUUUGCACUAAUCAGCAGUUGCAGUUUCCCGCGGCAACACCCUUUAUAAGCCUGGACGCCUUGCCAUCCAUUAGCACACACGAAAAGGGAGAAACCACGCAGUCUCACACAAGGCCGUGACGAGCAUGGCGGCGGCGCAAGCGCAACCGGCUGCGCCGCACGCACUGCAUCUGCUGCUGUCGCUUACCAUGUUCCUGCUAACGGCAGGCGCGCAGCGGUCCGACUCCGACUCCGACAUCGAGCGGGACGCGCUGCGGGCGUUCAGGGCCAGCGUGUCGGACGCGUCGUUGUCCGGUGCGCUGCAGUCGUGGAACGGCACGUUGCACUUCUGCCAGUGGCCCGGCGUGGCGUGCACGGACGACGGGCACGUCACGUCGCUGAACGUCUCCGGCCUGGGGCUCACCGGCACGGUCUCCGCGGCCGUCGGCAACCUCACGUACCUCGAGUACCUCGUCCUCGAGAAGAACCAGCUCUCCGGGCGCAUCCCAGCGAGCAUCGGCGGGCUGCGGCGCCUGCGGUACCUCAGCCUCUGCGACAACGGCGGCAUCAGCGGAGAGAUCCCGGACAGCCUCCGCGGCUGCACCGGCCUCCAAUUCCUGUACCUCAACAACAACAGCCUCACCGGCGCCAUCCCCGCGUGGCUCGGCGCGCUCCCCAACCUCACCUACCUGUACCUGCACCAGAACGCGCUGUCCGGCGAGAUCCCGCCGUCGCUCGGCAGCCUCACGGGGCUGCAGGCCCUCAGGCUCGACGAGAACUGCCUGCGAGGCAGCCUGCCCGCUGGCCUCGCGGAACUUCCAUCCCUCCAGACGUUCAGCGCGUACCAGAACCUGCUGGAAGGGGAGAUCCCGCCAGGCUUCUUCAACAUGUCGUCGCUCCAGUUUCUUGUCCUCACCAACAACGCGUUCCGUGGCGUCCUCCCGCCCUACGCCGGCGCGCGCAUGGCCAAUCUCAGAUCCCUGUACCUCGGCGGCAACAGCCUGACGGGCCCCAUCCCCGCGGCGCUUGGCAAGGCCUCCAGUCUGACGUCUAUCGUCCUAGCAAACAACAGCUUCACUGGGCAGGUGCCUCCCGAGAUCGGCAUGCUCUGCCCACAGUGGCUGUACAUGUCGGGCAACCAGCUGACGGCGAGCGACGAGCAAGGCUGGGAGUUCCUGGACCAUCUUACCAACUGCGGCAGCCUGCAGGUCCUCGCCCUUGACGACAACAAGCUCGGUGGCCAGUUGCCAGGCUCCAUUGCCCGCCUCCCGAGGGAGAUUCAAGCACUGAACCUAGGGAAAAACCGCAUCUCCGGGUCAAUCCCACCGGCCAUCGGCGACCUCAUCGGGCUCACAACGUUGGGCCUCGAAUCCAACCUCCUCAACGGCACCAUCCCAGCAGGGAUUGGGAACAUGAAGAACCUCACGAAGUUGGCGUUGCAGGGGAACCGGUUGACGGGGCCAAUCCCAUCCUCCAUCGGCGACCUCACCCAGCUACUGGAGCUUGAUCUGAGCAGUAACGCGCUGAGUGGGUUCAUCCCCGACACUCUAGCCAACCUGAACCACCUAACCUCGCUCAACCUCUCGGGCAACGCCCUCACCGGCCAAGUCCCAAGGGAAAUCUUCUCCCUGCCGUCCUUGUCGUCCGCCAUGGACUUGUCUCACAACCAGCUAGACGGCCCUCUUCCCUCCGACGUCUCCAGCCUCACCAACCUUGCUCAGCUAGCGCUAUCCGGGAACAAAUUCUCCGGUCAGCUACCAGAAGAGCUGGAGCAGUGCCAGAGCCUAGAGUUUCUUGAUCUGGAUUUCAAUUCCUUCCAUGGAAGCAUCCCUCCGUCGCUGAGCAAGCUCAAGGGUCUCAGGAGACUCGGCCUGGCGAGCAACGGGUUGUCCGGGAGCAUCCCACCGGAGCUCGGCAACAUGUCUGGCCUGCAGGAGCUGUACCUGUCUAGAAACGACCUGACAGGAGCCGUCCCGGAGGAACUGGAGGACCUGAGCUCCCUGGUCGAGCUGGACUUGUCCUACAACCAUCUCGACGGCAGCGUGCCCCUGCGCGGCAUAUUCGCCAACACUUCCGGGCUCAAGAUCGCAGGGAACGCGGGACUCUGCGGUGGCGUCCCGGAGCUCGACCUGCCCCGGUGUCCAGCUUCCAGGGACACACGAUGGCUUCUCCACAUAGUGGUGCCUGUCCUAAGCAUCGCUCUCUUCUCGGCCAUACUCCUCAGCAUGUUCCAGUGGUACAGCAAAGUGGCCGGACAAACAGAUAAAAAACCUGAUGACGCAACGCCGCCGGCGGAUGACGUCCUCGGCGGCAUGAUGAACUAUCAGAGAAUAUCGUACGCCGGGCUGGACAGAGCUACAAACGGCUUCGCGGACACCAACCUGAUCGGCGUAGGCAAGUUCGGGUCCGUGUACCUGGGUGCCCUGCCCCUGGUGCCCAAGGGCGCUCCGGACUCGGCGCCCGAGAAGGUCGCCGUGGCCGUCAAGGUGUUCGAUCUCUGCCAGGUCGGUGCCUCCAAGACGUUCGUGUCGGAGUGCGAGGCGCUACGGAACGUCCGGCACCGGAACCUCGUCAGGAUACUCACCUGCUGCGUCGGCGCGGACGCGAGGGGCGACGACUUCAGAGCGCUGGUGUUCGAGUUCAUGCCCAACUACAGCCUGGACAGGUGGCUGGGCGUCAACCCCAGGUCUGAAGAGCCGAGGAUCGUGAAGAGCCUGAGCGUGAUCCAGAGGCUCAACAUCGCCGUCGACAUCGCCGACGCGCUCUGCUACCUCCACACCAGCUCCGUACCGCCGAUCGUCCACUGCGACGUCAAGCCCAGCAACGUUCUCCUCGGCGAGGACAUGAGGGCGGUGGUGGGCGACUUGGGCCUUGCGAAGCUGCUACAUGAGUCCGGGAGCCAUGACACUUGCAACGACACAAGCACAGUUGGCUUGAGAGGCACGGUUGGGUAUAUCCCGCCAGAGUACGGCACGACAGGGAAGGUGUCCACGCACGGCGACGUCUACAGCUUUGGGAUCACGCUGCUGGAGAUUUUCACCGGGAGGUCACCGACGGACGACGCGUUCAAGGACGGGCUGACGCUAAUGGAGUUCGUGGCCGCGUCGUUCCCAGACAAGAUCGAGCAAGUCCUCGACCGGGCCCUGCUGCCGGUCGUCCAAGGCAUCGAUGGCCAGGUGCCCUGCGGCUCCGACGGCGGCGGCGCGCAUGUCUCGGAACGCGGCUGCCUUGUCUCCGCUGUGAGAGUCGCGCUCAGCUGCGCGCGUGCAGUGCCGCUCGAGAGGAUCAGCAUGGCGGAUGCGGCCACCGAGUUGCGCUCCAUCAGGGACGCUUGUUGUGCCCAUUCGACUGGACAAUAAGCUCCGUACGUGAUCUUCGGGUAUUACAUUCUGUAAACGCAUCGGCAGCUGGUGUAUAAAUAGGUGGCUAAGUUUGCGCACAGAAACAACAUAGAACAAAUGGAGACCUUGAAGAUGGUGAAGAACAUCGCGCUGUUGCUGCUGCUGUUCAGCAAUUCUAACCCAGGAAAUGCAGCAGGUGCCUGCAGCCUCUCAGACCUCGCCGUGACGCAGGCCGCGGUGCCCUCGAAGGCGAACGUCUAUGCGGUGACGGUGGAGAACCGGUGCAUCUGCACGCAGGCGAACGUCAAGCUGGCGUGUGACGGGUUCAGCUCCUCCGUGGCCGUCGACCCAGGCGUGCUCAGCGUGGACGGCAAGCUCUGCACCCUCAACGGCGGGCGCCCCAUCGGCAUGGGCCCGGAGUACGCCGUCAAGUUCUCCUACGCCUCGCCGUCCCAGUUCGCCUUCAAGCCCGUGUCGUCUUCCAUCGCCUGCUCCUGAUUAACUCGUCGAGGCCGGCCUUAGCUGUUCGCUCUGCCAUACUCACAUUCUUUUCCACGGCGAUUCGAUGUUUCGAACAAUAUAUUGAGGGUGAAUAAUUCAUCGGGAGUGACAUUUUUGAUCGAUUUCUGUCACUAUAUAUGCGUGCAUGAAUGGACAAAAUAACUAUUCAAAAACCGAAUGUGACAGUGCCGGUUUUCAUGGUUAAAACCCGUACAGUGGUCAUAUAUGCAGGUGAUCAUUGUCGGCUCUUGAUACAAACACUGUCCGUUUAUAGAUACAAACUAGCAUUAUUUGGGAA